AUGUUUUUGCAGCUGUUGAUUUGGUCGCAGUGGACACAGAAGGUCAAAUCUAAGUACAGAAAAUACAGAGAUCAAACGGAGGGCACUGGUGGAGGUCCUGCAUUAGUCCGCCCACUGACAGACACAGAACUUAAGGUUUUGGAGGUCGUAGGAACAGCUGCAGUGGAUGGAUUUACCAAUCUGGAGACUCCACUAGUUGGUUCUGUUGAAAUUUCAACACCGGCACCAGUUGAUGAACAACCACCAGUUGCUGCCCAGCUGCCAAUUGCUAUCCAGCCAUCAGUCGCUGACCACCCACCAGGUGCUGUCCAGCCACCAAUUGCUGUCCAGCCAUCAUCUGCUGCUGUUCAACCUCCAUCAUCUUCAGCCCAAUUGCGGAGUUCUCAUAGGCCAGAACGUACUCUUCCUCGCUCAUUUAUUACCUCGUCGCAACGACGACAGCGGAAAAGACCUUCGCGGCCCAAACCAGCAGAAUUACUGCAAGGGUCAUUAGACCGGAAUCAUGAAUUAUUCCGGUCUACAAUAACACAGGCAGCAGAGACCUUAGCCACUGCCAUCAGAGUAGCAGGGGAGGCCAUUUCCUCGGCUAUUAGGAACCAUGGUGGUUUACAGAACAAUGAUGGUGGUGGGCAGUCGGUAGAAUAUUUAGACGAAGAUCUAUUAGAGUAACAGUAA